CUUGCCGGAUGACUGCCAGAUCGGCAAGAUGUGAUUUCUCGAUUUUUCAAGAUUGACAAGUGAGUAUUUUCGACAGGACAUCAAGGGAGAAAGAAAUUCUUGACGACGAGCAGACCAUCGCAGCAUCGAUAGAGGGAUUUUCGCCCAGCUUGCUAUUGAACGCCGUCUGAAUAUCCCUUUGCGACACGGGACAACCUCGGUAUAUUCAAUCAUUUGAUCAUGGCUUCACAAUCAAGGCCAAGGGUGCUUUUAUUCGACAUUGGAGGAGUCUGUGUGGUAUCUCCAUUCCAAGCGAUUCUCGACUAUGAGACGGCCAACAAGAUUCCAAUCGGCUACAUCAACUUUUCAAUCCGAGAAUUGACUCCUCACGGGGCAUGGCAUCGGCUGGAGAGGGGUGAAAUCGCCAAUGACGCCAACUACUUCCGCGCGUUUAAGGCGGAUCUGGAGCGACCGGACCUAUGGGCCAAAUUCCACAAACAGAAACUCCAAGUGACGGAUUCAUCUAAAGUGCCACCUGUGCCCAACAUCGACGCAGAGAAGCUUUACUGGUCCAUGAUGACCGUAUCACGCAAACCUGACCCGUACAUGUACCCGGCGCUGAAACGGCUCAAGGCCGACGGAAAGUACCGAUUAGCCGCGCUUUCCAACACCACUGUGUUCCCUGAAGGUCACGAGUUCAACGAGGUGGGGCCCGACGAUGUCAAGGCCCUGUUUGAAAUCUUUGUGAGCAGUGCCCAUGUCGGCAUGCGGAAACCAAAUCGUGACAUCUACGAGUACACCAUCAAGUUGGUUCAAGACACAUGGGGCAAGGACAUCCAGACGUCAGACAUUGUCUUCCUCGACGACAUUGGCGAGAACCUCAAGAUGGCAAAGAGCCUGGGCAUCAGGACCAUCCGAGUCUUGCUGGGAAAAUCCAGAGAUGCUGUCAAGGAGCUCGAGCAAGUCACAGGGCUGGAUCUGCUUGAGGAGGAUGCCAGAGCCAAGUUAUAAGGAGAAGAGAGGGGGACGGGUGGAGGCUUUGAAGAAGUUUGCCCGCAGAACUCUGAUGAUCUGACAGAAUUAGAGUGUUAGAUCUUGCAUAGAUAUGAUAUAUGUUCUUGCAGAACAAGGCCGUACCAAGGAUAGCCAUAUUAUUGAUUAAAGCGACUUUGAGGGUUGACGCCACGCUUUGUGUGAUGUGCGUGACUUGCAAGGGCAAGCCAAUGAGGAAAGAAUCCAGGAUCAGAC